CCGAAGGGGUGAGGGUAGUAGCCUCUGUGAACCCUUUAUCUACUGGGUCUGUCAAAGCGACCCGGGGCUGCGAUCAGCUUCCUGCUCCACGACAGCUGCAUGCGUGUCUUGUGGGAGCAGACCUAGGUCUCCAAGACCUUCGGCCACGCGGGUCCGGACGAUGUGCAGCCAGAUACCAACUCGGGUUUGGCCCACGCCUGUUCCCCAGUGACAGCCCUCCUCCCUAUUUGCGUUUAGCACUAGCCGCAGGGGUUUUUGCAUUCGGCCCCCCAAGUGUCAACCCGCACCGAAAUGGAGUGAACCAUAUGGAAUCGGACAAAGGUGAAGGGAUGAGCUGUCCCUUUCCCCCCAACACAUCGCUUGACAUCUGAAGAAGUAUUUGAUAUGGAUGGGAUACCCAGGGUUGAUGUUUUGAAGAACCAUUUAGUAAAAGAAGGUCGGGUAGAUGAAGAAAUUGCCCUUAGAAUUAUCAACGAGGGUGCUGCCAUCCUUCGGAGAGAGAAAACUAUGAUAGAAGUAGAAGCUCCAAUUACAGUGUGUGGUGACAUCCAUGGCCAAUUUUUUGAUCUGAUGAAACUUUUUGAAGUAGGAGGAUCACCUGCUAAUACACGAUACCUUUUCCUUGGUGACUAUGUGGACAGAGGUUAUUUUAGUAUAGAGUGUGUCUUAUAUUUAUGGGUCUUGAAGAUUCUAUACCCAAGCACAUUAUUUCUUCUGAGAGGCAACCAUGAAUGCAGACACCUUACUGAAUAUUUUACCUUUAAGCAGGAAUGUAAAAUUAAAUAUUCAGAAAGAGUCUAUGAAGCUUGUAUGGAAGCUUUUGAUAGCCUGCCUCUUGCUGCACUUUUAAACCAACAGUUUCUUUGUGUUCAUGGUGGACUUUCACCAGAAAUACACACACUGGAUGAUAUUAGGAGAUUAGAUAGAUUCAAAGAGCCACCUGCAUUUGGACCAAUGUGUGACUUGCUAUGGUCUGAUCCUUCUGAAGAUUUUGGAAAUGAAAAAUCACAGGAACAUUUUAGUCACAAUACAGUUCGGGGAUGUUCUUAUUUUUAUAACUAUCCAGCAGUGUGUGAAUUUUUGCAAAACAAUAAUUUGUUAUCGAUUAUUAGAGCUCAUGAAGCUCAAGAUGCAGGCUAUAGAAUGUACAGAAAAAGUCAAACUACAGGGUUCCCUUCAUUAAUAACAAUUUUUUCGGCACCUAAUUACUUAGAUGUCUACAAUAAUAAAGCUGCUGUAUUAAAGUAUGAAAAUAAUGUAAUGAAUAUUCGACAGUUUAACUGUUCUCCACAUCCUUACUGGUUGCCUAAUUUUAUGGAUGUCUUCACAUGGUCCUUACCAUUUGUUGGAGAAAAAGUGACAGAAAUGUUGGUAAAUGUUCUGAGUAUUUGCUCUGAUGAUGAACUGAUGACUGAAGGUGAAGACCAGUUUGAUGAACGGCUCAUAUAUGGCAAUAAAAAAGUAGGUUCAGCUGCAGCCCGGAAAGAAAUCAUAAGAAACAAAAUUCGAGCAAUUGGAAAGAUGGCAAGGGUCUUCUCUGUUCUCAGGGAGGAGAGUGAAAGUGUGCUGACACUCAAGGGCCUGACUCCCACAGGGAUGUUGCCUAGUGGAGUGUUGGCUGGAGGACGGCAGACCCUGCAAAGUGCCACAGUUGAGGCUAUUGAGGCUGAAAAAGCAAUACGAGGAUUCUCUCCACCACAUAGAAUCUGCAGUUUUGAAGAGGCAAAGGGUUUGGAUAGGAUCAAUGAGAGAAUGCCACCCCGGAAAGAUGCUGUACAGCAAGAUGGUUUCAAUUCUCUGAACACCGCACAUGCCACUGAGAACCACGGGACUGGCAACCAUAGUGCCCAGUGACCCACAGCUUCCCAGGGACUCUCACCUCUUGGGCUCCAAAUGGACAGAUCAUCUGAGGAACUGGAGGAGUUGGUCAAGCUGACUGUAAAUGUCACGGUCCCUCUGGAGAAACCAUUGUGCUUUUGAGACUCUAGCCCCCUUCCUGGAUGGUGGCUUGAGGGCCCUGGGACAUGUUGUGCUUUCUGAUAGCAUUGAGUCAUCGCUGCCAAGGUGGACAGCAGUGAGCAAGGGGCUUGGGGCAAUUUCCAGUGGAGGACAAUUACACCUCCAUUUAUGCUUGUGGUUCACACAUUUAAGUUUACAAGAGAUUUCAUUUUUCCCUCAGUAGAGUUAGAUUUUGUUUUCAACCAUGAGUUCAAAUGCAAUCCUAAGAGCUAGUGUGGACUUUUUUAUUUUCUCAUGAAAUGUCUUUAAAGGAUGAAUUAGCAUGGUCUUAAAAUACAUUUCUAAGGUUACUAAGUUGUAUUUUGAAUUACGGACAAAAUGCUGAGAAACCCAGUUGGCAUCUAUACAGAAUGCUGACUUCAGGUCUACAGUUCUUAAAUGUGGCUAAUUCUGUAACAGUCUUGGGUUUUCAGUUAUGAAUGCAGAACCUAUUUCUAGGCAGAUUCUCUUACUUGAACACAAAUCCAAAAACUAAUUUAGGAUCUUUUUUGCCCAGAUCUUUUGAGAUUUACACCCCAGAGAUUUAAGAAGAAAACCUCUAAAUUUCAAAAUAAUGAAGAAUUACAGAAUUGCUCAUUUAAGGUACUUUAAAAGAAGUUUGUACAUUGUCAAAGUAAAUUUUCAAAUCAUGUCUGUAAAACUUGAUGUAUUUUGUGUAUGCAUGUUUUCAUUUUGCAAAUAUUUAAUAUAUAGACCUAUGAUGUACAGGUACGACAUGUAUAGGUUACCUAGAUGUUAUGAAAAAAUUUAGUUUAUUGUGAGUACUCAAGUUACUUAAAAAGCCACCAGGGUGAUUUGCUGAUGGCUUUCUAUCAUUUUUAUGUUUUGAUGCAAAGGAAAUUUUAAAAAUGUUCUGAAAGUGUUUUUGAUUAAGCAAUGCAGUAUAGAAGCAAUGGUCUGUUCAAUCAUUCAGAUGUUAGUGGAAGCAUAAAAGUCAAGACUGCAUGUUGAACAUUUUCUUUUGAUAGUUACAGAACUGCUUGGUUAAACUAAAUGGAACCAUGUGCUGACUUUUCACAACUAUUGAUCUGUAUUGAUUGCCACUGUAGUUUGGUAUUUCUUUUUGCUUUGGUGGCCUGCUUCCCUUAUGCCCUGGAAUACAACUCA